GAACCAAAUGAGCUCCCAGUUCUACAGCUCCCAGACCCAAUUAAUAUCCCCAAUUGCACCAGAAAAUUAGGGUUUCUAUCAACCAAUUCAAAUCUCCAUAACUAUAUAUAUUUGAAUCAAUGUCUUGUUCAGUUACAAAUUUGAUUCCUAUGUUGUCUGGACUAUGCUCGUUUUCUUCCACUUCUAACAGUACCACUACUUGGUUAGCUUCUCUGGCUAUUUUCCCGGAAAAUGAUCGGAAAAUUUGCAAUGGCAAGAAAAUAAGACGGAAAGUGGAGAUCCACAGAGUUUCCAUCUGCAGAGCAAUGGUUUCGAAGACCGUCCAAGGAGCGUCAGCUGCUUAUGCUAAAGAAAUGGAGAGACUUUCAGCUAAGGAAUCUCUACUACUCGCUUUCAGAGAUGCGGGGGGCUUUGAGGCAUUAGUUACUGGAAAGACGACAGAUAUGCAUCGAAUUGAUGUGAAUGAGAGAAUAAUUGGCCUUGAGCGACUCAAUCCAACACUUCGGCCAACGACGUCUCCCUUUUUGGAAGGUCGAUGGAAUUUCGAGUGGUUUGGAUCUGGAAGCCCAGGACUAUUCACUGCCAGAAUCAUAUUUGAGAGAUUUCCUUCAAAUUUGGCAAAUCUAUGGAAAAUGGAUGUGGUGAUUAAGGAUGGAUAUGCGAAGAUCACAGCAAUCAUGAGAUUACUGAACUCGAUAGAAAGCAAGUUUAUUCUGUCAACCAAGUUAUCUGUAGAGGGACCACUUCGAUUUAAAGAAGAAUCUAUUGAAGGAUUGCUUGAAGCUCCAAAGGUUGACGAGGAUACCAUUCCUGAACAGGUUAGAGGUGCUUUUGGUCAGGCGGUUAGCACAGUGCGGCAACUUCCUGCUCCUAUUAUGGAUGCUGUAGCCAGUGGGCUGAAAAUUCCUCUUAGUGGGACUUUCCAGAGACUUUUUAUGAUUUCCUAUCUCGAUGAUGAGAUCCUAAUAAUUAGGGAUACUGCUGGAGUGCCUCAAGUUCUUACUAGGUUGGAUGCGGUACCAUCUCCCAUGACAGAAUCCGUGCCAGAGUAUGAGAGUUAGAAAGAGUUCGUUUUCCACUUGUAAGAACUACUACUUUUUUCCUCCACACGAAUAACAAUUUAAAACUGGAGUAUAGUAAAUAUCACUGGAAUUAUUUUACAAAAUUUUGUUGUGCCUUCUAUUGUUGUGUGUAUGAGUAAAUCUUCAACACCAGAGGACUUGGUAAAGCUUUCCCCUGUUCUCAAAUUCAAGUCAAUUGACUUAUUAGAUGAAGCGGUUGAUCUUAACAAAUACCGGAAAGGUAACUUGUCAUGUUGUUAUCGAAGCUUCUUCUUAUUAUGUUCCUGAUUUACAGAUUUAGAUUCACACGUGAGAAAAAAAAUAUGUAUAUAUAUUUGUAUUCACACAGUGAUUGGCAUACAAUACUAAAACUAUAUGGGUUCAUGAAGCAUAGUCAAAGAAAUUUGGUAUUGGGUGUGGGUGUGAAAUAUGAAUCUACUUGACUGAAAACGUG